CCUUUUGGCUGGUUUAAGGCAUCUUUCCUUUUUGUUCCAUGACAAAUUCAGAAACUCAGUGUAUAAUCCUGUCGGCCCACUCAUUCAGUUCCAUUUCUGCCCUUGUGUUUUGAUGGAGCUGUGACUAGAAGUUGUUGAACUCCGGAGAUGGUGACUGGAAAUGCUCCCUAAGUAUUUUCAGUAUUCAGACACUGCAUGGACUUUGGGGACUCAUUUGUGGACUCCUCUUCCUAUGUUUUCUCGUUAUCUACCGAGCAUUGAACUGUGUCAGAAACCCAGGAGCUUUCUGAAGACUCUCUUUCCCAUUGUGCAGGACUCACUGAGAAGCUAGAGCUGCUCACUUGAAGCAGAAGCAGGAGCCCUGGAAGGUGGAGAGGAAGGAGACAGAGGCAAAUGUACCAGUUCCAGUCUUUGUUCCUGAGACAGAAAAAGAAGAGUGACAGAGAAAAAUGGCUGCUUCUCCAGUAAAUGUGCCCCAGGGUCUGUUGACAUUCAGGGAUGUGACUGUGGACCUCUCCCAGGAGGAGUGGGAAUGCCUGGACUCCGCUCAGAAGGCUUUGUACAUGGAUGUGAUGUUGGAGAAUUACAGCAAUCUAGUCUUUGUAGAGAACCAUCGUGUAUGUGGAAAAUAUGAAAAAUUCCUCUGUCAAGGCUCAAAGCACUUUGUCCAUCAGCAUGUGAACAUCCAAGAGGAGUCUUAUAAAUGUAAUGAACUUGGUAGAAUAAUUUAUGAGUCCUCCCAGUGUACACCUUAUGACACAAGUGUUACUGCAGGAAGCUAUAAUCAGUACAGAACUGGCAAAUGCAACGAUACCUCUAUUGAGUCAUCAACCAUAAACAGACCUAAAAGUAGGGACUCUAGAGAAGAACCUUGCAAGUUUAAAGACUGUGUAAACUGUUCACAUCUGUUUCCCAUCAUCAGUCAAAAUCAUAGAAUCUACCCAACCCUAAAUAUACACCAGACAAAUUCUGGAGAGAAACUCAAGAAAUGUAAAGCCAGUGGCAAGUGUUUUUAUCAGUUGUAUCAAGUUAAAUAUCAUUUUGAAACCUAUACAGGAGAGAGACCUUACAAAUGCAAUGACUGUCACAAAUGUUUUAGCCAGCUCACACACCUAAGAAGCCAUCAGACAAUUCAUACAGGGGAGAAACAUUAUAAAUGUAAUGAAUGUGGCAAAAUCUUCAGCCGAGUGGCAUACCUAAGACCCCAUCAGAGAAUUCACACAGGAGAAAAACCUUACAAAUGCAGUGAAUGUGAUAAAUGCUUCAUCCAGAAAGCCCAACUUACAAUACAUCAGAGAAUUCAUACAGGAGAAAAACCUUAUACAUGCAGUGAAUGUGAGAAAUCUUUUACGUGUUGCUCAGGCCUUAGAAAACAUCAGAAAAUUCAUACAGGAGAGAAACCUUACAGAUGUAGUGAAUGUGAGAAAUCCUUUACCAGUGGCUCAGAUCUUAGAAGACAUCAGAAAAUUCAUACUGGAGAGAAACCUUACAAAUGCAGUGAAUGUGGCAAAUGCUUUAUUCAGAAUGUCCAACUUAGAAUACAUCAGAGAAUUCACACAGGAGAGGAACCUUACAAAUGCAGCGAAUGUGUUAAAGUCUUUACCCACCUCUCAGGUCUAAGAAAACAUCAGAAAAUUCAUAGUAGGGAAGGAAAGUCUCCAUUAGUAAAUAAUGUGGCAUGUGUUUUAUCCAAGGUCUGCCUUUAGGAACUAUUGCAGGCUCCAUAGCAGAGCAUCAUAAACACAAGAAACUUCCGAAAUCCUGUAAUUAAUGUU